GCCAGGGAGUUAUCAUCAGCUCUGUGUCCUCUCUGGUCAGCAGCAGCAGCAGCUGCUCCACUCCCUCUUCCGCCUCCAGCACUGUGGCCGUGACCACCGUGGUGUCCUCCACGCCUUCCGUCGUGAUGUCAACGGUAGCACAGGGUGUGUCCACGUCCGCCAUUAAGGUGGCCUCGACCAGACUUCCUUCCCCCAAAAGCUUGGUGGGGACGCCCACGCAGAUCCUGGCACAGUUCCCCAAGCAGCAGCAGGCGCAGCAGCAGCAGCUGACCCAAGCAUCGCUCGUCACCCAGACACAGGCAUCAGCACAGCAGUCUCCAGCACCACCCCCGCCUCCCCAGCCGUCUCCUCUGCCUCCUGGCAUCAAGCCCACCAUCCAGAUCAAACAGGAGUCAGGGGUCAAAAUAAUCACCCAGCAGGUGCAGCCCAGCAAAAUCCUCCCCAAGCCGGUCACGGCCACCUUGCCCAGCAGCAGCAACUCCCCUAUCAUGGUGGUCAGCAGCAACGGGACAAUCAUGACGACCAAGCUGGUCACCGCUCCCACCGGGACUCAAGCGACUUACACCUGGCCCAGCGGUGAGUCAGCCCCUCGGAACGCGCCUGGACCGGGUACCCCCGGCGGCGCCACCGUACGCCAAGACCACCAGUGGCAGGCAUCAUCACCGUAA